AAGUGGGAUUGCGAAAUUGUUGGAAGCAGGCAGAAGCAGUAUAUAAGCUCCAUCUGUAACAAACAAGUCAGAGGGCUGCACUCGUUCUCAUCUGGCACGGCUCACAGAGACAGAAAAAGACAACAUGUUACGGUUCGUGGGGUUGAUGUGCAUCCUGGCAACAGGCUGGGCACAAGAAUGUGUGGUCAGCAGCAUCCCAGUAAAAGAGAACUUUGAUAAAUACAGGUUCCAAGGAACAUGGUAUGCUGUAGCCAAAAAAGACCCAGUGGGACUUUUCCUGCUGGAUAAUGUUGUCGCCAGCUACCAAGUGGAGGAGGAUGGCAAAAUGACAGCCACCGCUGUUGGCAGAGUCGUCAUCCUCAACAACUGGGAGACCUGUGCCAACAUGUUCGGAUCCUUAGAGGAGACUCCCGACCCUGCCAAGUUCAAGCUCAGAUACUGGGGUGCAGCUGCUUAUCUCCAGACUGGAUAUGAUGACCACUGGGUCGUUGACACAGACUACGACAACUACGCCAUACACUAUUCCUGCAGGGAGCUGGACACUGAUGGCACCUGCCUGGACGGCUACUCCUUUGUUUUCUCCCGUCAUCCCACUGGUCUGAGGCCCGAGGACCAGCAGAUCGUGACCCAGAAGAAACAGGAACUCUGCUUCCUGGGCAAAUACAGGAGGGUUAAUCACAACGGUUUCUGUAUCUGAAACAACCCUGCUCAGAGACUAGCAAGAAUGUAAACUUUCAUAUUUUUUACUUCUGUGUAUAUAUAUUCAUCUUAAAGUAAUCCACUAGCACAUCUACCUAGGACUGAAUGUGUUGAGUGUGGCUGAAAAACAUGACCGUCUUUACAUAAAGCUCAUUUAUAAAGGGUUUAUAAAUAGUUAAUAAAGGAGUCUGAGGCCUCAGGUUGCCAAAUAGGGAUUUAUAAAUUUAUUUGAAACCCUCAGAUCUUUCUGGAUUCUUAUUUUACUUGUCUUAGAAAGUCAGUUUAGUCAAUUAAAUAUGUCCGUAUACAUCACAUUACGAUGACUGGAUAAAUAAUUCAUCUGUAGAGUUAAAUGAAUAAAGUUAUUUAGAGAUGUGUUAGAGAUGCUGACUGAUGGAAAAGACAAAGUAAGAUCAGCACCCAGAAAGAUCUGAGGAUUAAGCAGUAUAAAAGAGAAUAAAAACUGUUCAUGUGUUAUAACUGCUUAUUAAUAUUUUAAAAAUAUGUACAAUCUAAUUAAUAACUAUAAAUAAACUAUGACCAUUAUAAACUAUUUAUAAAUCCUUUAUAAAUUAGCCUUAUUUUAAAGUGGUACCAAAAAAGUGUAAUGUGUAUUGCAUGAUGAAACAUCAAAGUAGAAUGAUUGUAUUGUAUUGUAGCUUCUAUGACUUUGAAAUAAAAGUGAUCUUUAUGAAA